AUGCAUAUGCAACUUAGGAAAAGAAAAAGAGUCGACUAUACGGGGAGAAAUCCAACGUCCGAACCGCCCUCAACCACAACCACAACCACAACCACAAUAAUACCAUCCAUUGUUGUCCCCAAGAAACGUAAACUAGCCACACCAAACAUGAUUAAUUCCACUGUUCCGAGCACGACCACGGCACCGAGCACCUCGAAUAUAAUAAUACCCAAGCCUUUGCAGCGUCCCAAAUUUCAUAAUAGCACCAGCUCAUCUCCACCUGAUGAUGACUUCGAAAAGAUUUCUGUAUUGGAAGUUCAGAAAAAUCUGUCUAAUCUCAUCAAGAGACAACAAAGCUUAUUUUAUAAGGACAUACAUAAGCCGACUCUAGUCGGCAUGAAAAACUUCGAAAUGUUGAGACUGCCCAAUGAUUUAAAACUCCUACAAAACAUCGUAAACUUAUUGAAUUCAUUCGAGCAAUUAAAUAGCGAUUCGAGGAAAAGGCCGGCCAGCACUGCCAGUUCAAAGGUCUUCUCACAAACGCACUCAGAUAAAUUGAAAAAAUUAUCAAUUGAGAAGAAACCUCUACUUAGCCAUCCCAAUCAUAACGGUACCUCUCACCACAAUGACAUCAUCCAUGAGAUAGCGAACCUGCACUCCAUAAAUUUGAUAGAUCUGCUGAAUUUGGAAAUGUAUAACAGCAAUUUCCAUACAAACAAUACAGUUUUACAAACUACGGCGAAUUCGCUGACGGUCAACAGUAUUAUCAAGAAGCUUGACAAGCCGAUACUAAAAGAAAGAAAUAAUUCUCUAAUAUGGCCCCAUAAAAGUAGACUUAAAGCAAAGAGGAACCAGCCUUCGCAGGGCCAAUCGUUAAUAAAUAAUACAGACAUUACUCUUUACAACGAUGUAUAG